AUGGAGCAGACUCGCGCCAUCAAUGCUCUGGCACCCUUCGUCGCCUUGUCCAAGUCGGCUACGUCAGCUCGUGCAGCAGCCGAUCUUGUCACACAAGCAACCUCUGCCGCAAACACCUACGUCUUUGGCGAGCUCCUCCAGACCCCGAACAUCCAGAAGCUGCGCGACGACGCCCAAUACAGCAGCCACUACACCCUACUUGAGCUAUUCGCAUGGGGCACAUGGGCCGAAUACCAAGCUCUCGCAUCAUCAUUGCCUCAGCUCUCGCCCAACCAGGAACACAAGCUACGUCUGCUGACACUGCUCACCCUCGCCGCAACCACAACCAACAAUGCACCGCUCACAUACUCAAAUCUGCAAUCCGCUCUCUCACUCUCAUCACCACUCGCGCUCGAACGCCUAGUAACCGAUGCCAUCUACGCCGACCUCGUCACCGCCACCCUCAACCCUGCAAAGGGCCUCGUCGCAAUCAGCAGCGUGACGGCCCUGCGCGACAUCACUCCGGGAAGCGUCACUUCCAUCAUGGCCUCACUAGACGCUUGGACAGGAAGAUGCGAUGACGUACUCAAGGAAUUAGAGGCUGAGGUGAAGGCUGUCAAGGAAGGCGCCGAGAGCAGAGCAAAGGAAGAAGCCAUGCGCGUGAGCCAAGUUAAGAAGGCUGAGUCUGUUGGAAAGUGAAGCAUGAAGAAAUAUGCUCAUAAGUGGAAAAGUCCUUCAAUUCUAUAACGACGUUACGAAAUUAGCUUAUAUUCAAAAGAGAUGCUCUGUGUAAACACGCGCAUUUGUGAUCUUCAAAGACCGAACAAAAUCUUCUCAAAGAUGCGGGCCUCGUGCUCUGGCAUUUAGAGUUAGGAGAUGUUGCUCAGUCGGAGUAGUCCUCCGCUCCUAGCCUGAAUGCUACACCAUGUCAGC